AUGCGCUCGGCGUCCACCAAUGAUACCAGAACCGCGUCGCUACAGUUGAUACAUACAGAGGUCCUUCCGUCUGCGGACGCGACGGGGCUGCACUCUUCUUUCAUGGAGAUCUUCUGAUCACAGAUCUUUUACAUUUGCUACGUGCUGGCUGGUGAGUGCGAAAACCAGGACUUAUCGUUUAAGAGGAAAGGAAAACAGAAGGACGAAGCGUUUACACUUGGUGAAGGUGUUCUUCAUCACCAGCGGUUCCUAAUACACGGACACAAGCCCAGAAGAGCAGCAGAUCCAAAUCCAUACGACUGCAUAUGAACAGAACGGAGCUGCUGAGGUUUAAAUCUUAAGGAGAUGGGACUUGGGCUCCUGCCCACAGGAGAACGAUUCCAACUCAACCCCUAUAGCUGUGACCGGUUUGCUGUGAGGCCCUUUACCUCCUUCUAAUGAUUUCUCUAUAGCCCGGUCCAGAGCUGUGCAGUCAUGUUCAGGAACAGUCUGAAGAUGCUGCUUGGCGGCAAAUCCAACCGCAAGAAUCGAAACAGUGGCAGUGACUCUGUGGAGGGCGAGUGUGUGUUCGAGGGGGAUUACGCUGUUCCUCCUCUCCCAGUGACCGAGGGCAUGCAGCACAUUCGGAUCAUGGAGGGUGUAUCGCGCUCUCUCCCCUCCUCUCCUCUGCUGUCCCACCAGGCCAUCAACAUGCGUCUACAGCCGCUCAAGAGACUGCCAGGGGACGAAAGCCAAGAACUGGGUCCUCCUCCGUCAGUAGACGAGGCCGCCAACACACUGAUGACGCGACUGGGGUUCCUGCUUGGGGACAAAGUGAACGAAGGGCCUGGUGGAGCACAGUACAACAUGGAGGAACAAGAUGACCCCCAGGGCAUCUCCAUGACCCAGAGGAUCAGCCCAUGCUCGAGUUUAGCUAGCAGCACAGCGUCGCCCCCUCCAGGCAGCCCCUGUUCUACGUUGCCCGCUGGAGCCCCAGGUAACAUGGGCACCCGAGACUGUGCUUACGGAUCCAUCACGAGCCCCACCUCCACACUGGAGAGCCGAGACAGUGGCAUUAUAGCAACGCUCACAAGUUACUCUGAGAAUGCUGAGCAUGGAGGUAAACACAGCGAAAGCUCACGGGGCAGCCUGAAACUCUGGCAGGCACAGAAGUCGAUGGGUACAGACUCCUUUCUUUAUCGGGUGGAUGAAAACAUGGCCGCCUCCACAUACAGCCUCAACAAAAUCCCAGAGAGGAGCCUGGAACAUUCCAUCUCUCACUCCGCCCACUCCAUCCCCCUCUACCUCAUGCCCCGCCCCAAUUCUGUGGCUGCCACUAGUUCAGCUCACCUGGAGGAUCUUGCCUAUCUGGAUGAGCAGAGACAGGCUCCACUGCGCACGUCUUUGCGAAUGCCACGUCAGAACUCCGGUUCCAGCCGCUCUGGACAAGCGGACAUAAGAGUGCGCUUUGCUCCAUACCGGCCACCGGACAUCGCCCUAAAGCCACUUCUCUUCGAGGUGCCCAGUCUGAUGCCUGAUACGGUUUUCACCGGUCGAGAUUGGCUGUUCCAGGAAGUUGACGUGUGUCUUCGCAGCAGCGAGCUCACCGCAAAUCAAGGUGUUGUUAUUGCCGGCAACGUGGGCUUUGGCAAAACGGCCAUCAUCUCUCGCUUGGUGGCUCUCAGCUGCCACGGCAUCCACAUGAGACAGAUCACCUCUGACAGUCCACACGCCUCACCAAAACAUGGCGACACACUUCCUUUGAACCAGCCUCAGUCCGCUCACGGCACUCUGGUCGGUGGGAGCAGCUGUCCUGGGACGCCAGAGAUGCGGAGACGCCAGGAGGAGGCGCUCAGAAGACUGGCUUCUCAGGUGGUGGCGUACCAUUACUGUCAGGCCGACAACGCCUACACCUGCCUGGUCCCUGAGUUUGUGCAUAACGUGGCAGCGUUGUUGUGCAGGGCUCCUCAGAUGCAGGCCUACCGAGAUCUUCUGCUCCGCCAGCCGCACCUGCAGAGCACACUCAGCCUGCGCUCCUGCGUCCAGGACCCCUUCAACGCUUUCCGCAGGGGUCUGCUGGAACCUCUGGAGAUCCUGCAACGAGAGAGAAAGAUUGCCUGUGAGGAGAAUCUCAUCAUCUUGAUUGACGGGUUGAAUGAGGCAGAGUUCCAUAAACCGGAUUAUGGAGAAACUAUUGUUUCCUUCCUCUGCAAAACCGUUGAGCGUUUCCCUCCUUGGCUCAAACUGGUGGUCACCGUCAGAACGACACUACAGGAUGUGACUCGUCCGUUGCCGUUCCACCGUAUCUCUCUGGAUCGUCUGGAGGAGAGUGAUGCGAUAGACUCGGACCUGCAGGGCUACAUCCUGCACCGGCUGCACGCCAGCCAGGAGAUCCAGAACAACGUGGCGCUCAACGGCAAGCUGGACAAUGCGGCCUUCACCAAACUCAGCGCUCAUCUGAAGAGUCUCAGCCGGGGCUCCUACCUCUACCUGAAGCUCACACUGGACCUCAUUGAGAAGGGCUACCUCGUGCUCAAAAGCUCCAGUUACAAGGUGGUUCCAGUGAAUCUGGCUGAGGUCUACCUGUUGCAGCUGAACAUGCGUUUCCCAACUCAGUCGUCAUUCGAGCGCGUUCUUCCACUGCUGAAUGUGGCCGUGGCUUCUCUACACCCGUUAACUGACGAGCAGGCCUACUGUGCCGUGAACGCCAGCAUGGUGCGUGGAGCCGCCCUGGACUGGGAUGAUUUCCAGCAGAGGUCUGAUCUCCUGUCGCCUUUCCUGGUGAAAAGACGCGAUGGAACGCGCAUGUUCGUCCACCCCUCGUUUAGAGAGUGGCUCAUCUGGAGAGAGGAUGGAGAGAAGACCAAGUUCCUCUGCGACCCCAGGAGUGGCCACACACUGCUUGCUUUCUGGUUUUCACGGCAAGACAGCAAACUUAAUCGACAACAGACCCUUGAACUUGGCCACCAUAUUCUCAAAGCUCACAUCUUUAAGGGCCUGAGUAAGAAGGUUGGCGUUUCCUCCUCAGUGCUGCAAGGGUUGUGGGUGUCCUACAGUACGGAAGGGCUCUCUGCAGCUUUGGCUUCACUUAGAAACCUCUACACACCCAACAUCAAGGUAUCUCGGCUGCUGAUUAUGGGUGGAGCUAAUGUGAACUAUCGCACUGAGGUGUUGAACAACGCCCCCAUCCUGUGUGUGCACGCUCACCUGGGCUACCUGGAGACUGUGGCUUUGCUGCUGGAGUUUGGGGCGGAUGUGGAGGGUAUUUCAGAGAGCGGGCUCACUCCCCUUGGCUAUGCAGCCGCUGCGGGUCACCUACCCAUCAUCACUGCCCUCUGCAGCAAGAAAGCCACGGUGGAUCACCUGGAUAAGAACGGUCAGUGUCCACUGGUCCACGCCGCCCUGCGGGGUCAUCUAGAGGUGGUGAAGUAUCUGGUGCAGUGCGAGUGGAACACAGACGAACAGCCGGCCGGAUCCUUCAGCAAGAGCCAUGCAGUACAACAGGCCCUCAUAGCAGCCGCCAGUAUGGGCUAUACAGAGAUUGUAUCAUACCUGCUUGACCUGCCUGAGAAAGAUGAGGAAGAGGAGGAAAGAGCUCAAAUAAACAACUUUGACACACUAUGGGGUGAAACAGCACUGACAGCAGCAGCGGGUCGGGGGAAGCUGGAUGUGUGCCGUCUUUUAUUGGAGCAGGGUGCCGCUGUGGCUCAGCCGAACCGCAGGGGGAUCGUGCCACUUUUCAGCGCCGUGCGGCAGGGACACUGGCAGAUAGUGGACCUGUUGAUAAAUCAUGGUGCUGAUGUGAACAUGGCUGAUAAACAGGGCCGAACUCCUCUAAUGAUGGCCGCGUCCGAGGGACAUCUGGGUACGGCGGAGUUCCUGCUGGCUCAAGGUGCCUCAUUGUCUCUGAUGGACAAGGAGGGGCUAACAGCACUUAGCUGGGCGUGUCUUAAAGGCCACCUCCCAUUGGUCCGUGCUCUGGUUGAGAGGGGUGCGGCAACGGCCCAUGCAGACAAAAGUGGCCGCACUCCGCUGGAUCUUGCCGCUUUUUACGGAGACUCGGAAGUGGUGCAGUAUCUGGUGGAUCAUGGUGCGAUGAUCGAGCAUGUGGACUACAGCGGCAUGCGUCCACUGGAUCGUGCGGUUGGCUGCAGGAACACGUCAGUGGUGGUGGCAUUGCUCAAGAAGGGCGCCAAGAUAGGAUGUCAGACACUCCCCACCCGUGCUCGAGGUCCUGCAACAUGGGCAAUGGCCACAUCCAAACCUGAUAUUAUGAUUGUUCUGCUGAGCAAACUGAUAGAGGAAGGAGAUGGAUUCUACAAGAAAGGAAAGGUGAAAGAAGCCGCCCAACGCUACCAGUACGCCCUGAAGAAGUUCCCACGAGAGGGGUUCACAGAGGACCUGAAGACCUUCCGCGAGCUCAAAGUCUCUCUGCUGCUCAACCUCUCCCGCUGCCGGAGGAAAAUGAAUGACUUUGGGAUCGCGGAGGAGUUUGCCUCCAAGGCACUAGAGUUGAAACCCAAAUCCUAUGAAGCCUAUUACGCACGAGCCCGUGCCAAGCGCAGCAGCAGGCAAUUCCACGCAGCCCUGGAGGACCUGAGUGAAGCCAUGUGUCUGUGUCCCAAUAACCGCGAGAUCCAGCGCCUGCUGCAACGCGUGGAAGAAGAGUGUCAUCAGGUUGAACAGCAACAGGAGCUGGAUCCUCCUCCUUCCCCUCCCCGCGAUCAAGCCCCAUCCAUGAUACCGCCUCCACCAAUGGAGCCCCAUAUUUCAGACAUGGAGCCUGUCCAGGACUUGUUUGAGGAGGAUGACGAUUACCUUGAGCGGGAUUUAGAUGGCCUACCGCUUGGUGUUCCCACUGAGCCCCACACUAUUCCAUCGGGACUUCCAGUUAUUCAGAACAUGCCUCCAUCUCCAAGCCAUCAUGAUUCACCCUACUUGGGCCAAGCAUAUGACCUUCGCCCCAGCCCCCCUUCAAUGUCCUCUCCUACACGGCAAGGCUACCAAUCCACCUCACCGUCGCUCUCCCCAACGCACCAGAGCUCCCACUUCCGGCCCAGUCCCCCUCAUCAGGCCUCCUACCACUUCAGCCCACCACCAUCACCAUUACGCCGUGGAACACAGUAUCGUGCCAGCCCCACCUCUGAGGGAGUUGCCAUGUACCGUCCCCAGUCCGCCACUGCAGGACGCUACCAACAGGACCAGCUUGCAGGACGACCCAAGUCCCCUCUGUCCAAGAUGAGCAGCCAACGUUCAUUCCAAUUUUCCCAACAGACUUCCCAACCAUCACAACAAAGCCAGUGGUUGCAGCCAGCUAAGGCACAGAUCAUCCGCACCAACCAGCCCAGCUCCGCGGUACACUCCAGUGCCGUACUGGGUAGUAGUGCAUACAGUCAGAUUGCUCACUCGAUGAGUGCCCGCUGCCCAGGUGACAUGGAUGAACUUGGGGAUGGAGGAUAUUCUUCUUCACUUCAGCCUCAGAGCAGUCUGAGUGCAGGGGCCUUGUACCAGCGUGCCAUCAGCAUGGAUCCUGGCCUUGUGGAGGAUGAGCUUCCCCACAGGCCCUCCUCUGCCUACAGACCCAGUCCUGGAGGUGUCCGCUAUGGUCAGACACCACAGAUCAGCCGCAGUCAGUCGACCGCCUACUAUCCGGUCUCACCCCACGAAAUGGAGCGACAGGUGACGCUAGGUUCACCUGAGAACCUUCAUGCACACCGACGUCCAGUCAGUGCCAAUAGCGUAGAACCCAAACAGCACCCACCGGCUCCACGCCCCCUUAUUCACUCCCACAGUACAGGUCUACGCUUCUCGCCAUCCAACAACAGUUUAGUGGCAGGUUCUGCUGCUAACCUAGGCCCAGGCUUCAGGGCGUCAGCUUCCGCACAGCAAAUGGAGAUACCCUUAAAUAUUUCCUAUGAAGGAAGCUACCAUGAUGACCUUUCCCCGAUGUCACCCCCACAAGGCACAGACUUCCGGGUGGUGGGUGGAACAUAUCCAGGAGAGGCCCUUCGCUCCCGCAACACACCUUUCAUGGGCAUCAUAGACAAGACUGCACGGACUCAGCAGUACCUCCAGCAGCAGCCUUCGCUUGCAUCGUCCUCCUCGGGUUCUCGACCCUGGGCUGUUUCAUCCCUGGAUACAGUGGUAAACAGUCCAGCAACUUCUCCUAGCAACAUGGGAUACGGGCAGCAAACGACACCCCUCAGCCAUAUCGCCUACUACAACCGCACCAACAACGCUCACAAUGGCCACCUAAUGGAUGAUGAUUUCUACGCCAACCCUCCUGGUGUGACGCGGGACCGGGCGGACGCUAUGGGCAGAGUUAGUCAGGUUCCCACAUACCCAGAUGUGAAAGUGGCACGGACUCUACCAGUUUCCCAGGCCUAUCAGGACAAUGAUUAUAGGCAGAUAUCUCGUAAUGAAAGGCAAGGCCCAACCUCACCCAUUAAACCAAAGAGACCUUUUGUGGAGUCUAAUGUAUAAGAAGAAUGAGUUUGUGUGCAAGAUUUAUUAGAACAUUCCAGAGGAAUAUCUAACAUGUUGAACAUCUUAUCUUUUGAUUUUUUUUUUUCUCCCAUAUCUUGAUGGUGAAACUACAGACCUGUUGAGGUGAAUUCCACUUAUGUGAAGUUAAUCUAGCAUGUACUGUACAAAUCAAGUGCAUCUGUAUUUGCUCUGGACACAUAAAUGGAAGUAACAAGACCCAUUGGAGUAAAAGUAGGCCUGUGUAACUGCUGUACACCAACCUUCUACUUUUCUGUACCUUACGAGUGGGCGGCUACUCAAUGCCAGCCAUGGACACUUUGCUGAGCAUUGCCCUUGGACCAGAUGUCCCCACUGAUGUCCCCACUCAGACCAGUAAUAAUCCCUGAGAAUCCUGCUGU